AUGCGGGCGCGAUAUGGGAAUGGCGGAGCGGUCGGCCGCGCGGAAGGCAAGAAGGCGGAGAUUGAAAGGGUUCAGGGGGACAAUGGGCGAACGAGGUACGCGGAGAACGGCCGAGCGGGGAACCGCGGGGACGACGGCGACGCGUGGAAGGGCUUUCACGGCAGCCGCGUCUUGGACCGCCGAGGCGCAACUGCGGAGAAUGCGGUAAUGCGCACCGGACAACCGCACGACUCCGCGACACCGGCGGCGGCCGCAGGUUGUACGAACCCUUCCGCCGUCGUCGCUUCCGCCGGGUGCGCGGACAGCCAGGGGAGAAAGAGCGCUAGGCAGAAGAGCCCGCAGCAGCGCUUGCGCCUUGGUCACUCCUCCCCGUUGGUUCCGCCCACCUCCGCCAGCAUCGGAAAACCCCCCGUCGCGCGCUCGAAAUCCCCCACCCCUGGAAUUUCCCCCAAUGCAAGACUCUCCCCCACCGCCCAAAACGUUUCCGCUUCUGGGGCGAGUUCCGCCAGUUCCGCCAGCUGUACUGACAGCAGCGGCGCAGCUUCCCCGGGGAGGGCAGGACCCCGUGUCAUCUCCGCUGUUCCCGCGUCUCUCUCAAGCUCUCCCGCGGCGCGGUUCGUGCAGCAAUCGCGGGCAAUGAUGAUGCUGCUGGAGCGACAAUGCGCUCUCGUCGUCGCCGUGAGUAGCGGCGCUGUUGCCGCGCUGGGCUGCUCCGCCGAUGAGCUGACGACAAGCGGAGCCACCAGCGGGGGAGGCGGCGGAAGCGGCGGAGGCGGAACGGGCGUGCGCGGGAGCUCCGGCGGAGAGAACGGAAUCGACAACGAGAAGGACGGCAAUGGCGGAAGGGCGCGAGAGGGGGAGACGAACGAGGAGCAGGAGGGGGAAGAAGCGGGGAAGGGGAGAGCUACUGGGGCGGCGGAAGGCGGGGGACCGAUGUCUCUUUUUGACUUGACGAGUGAUCUGACGAUGCGCAUGUGGCAGGAGGCCAUGGCGGAUGUGUUCGGGACGGCGGGAGGCGGGGGGAAGGCAGGCAUUGGCGCUGCUGUGCUACGGUUCCGCGUGCGCGACUUUGGAAAGGGCGGGCAUCUAGCAGGCGUGGCGGUGGAUCUAAUGGUGCAGCCAUGCCAGUUCGUGCCUGAGACGCGUGCUGUCAUCGCCACCAUCGCCAUCGUCAACAACCCCUCCGCUGCUGCCACCACUGCUUCCGCUGGUGCUUCGGCUGGCGCCCUGGCGCCAAGCUCGCUGCAUGUGAACGUGGAGGAUGGGGGGGAGCGAGAGGGGGGAGGCAGAGCAGGGCGGAGUGGCAGCAAGCCCAUGUCUAAGAAGCUCGUGAAUAAGAUCGCGGGGUUUCUCCGGCUCAAGGAUGACACUGCUGCUGAGGGUAGCGGGUCUGCUGGUGGUGGUGGUGCGUGUGGCGGCAUGACUUCCCCAUUGGGCUUCUCUGCCCCGCUGCAAUCGCCCAACGAUACAAGCAACCAGCAGCAGCAGCAGCAGCAGCAGCAGCAAGGAUGGAGCAGCAACGUGCAGGCGGGCCCUGAAAGCCCUGCCAUGUCCCUCCGCAAGGUGUCCACAUUCCACGCGCUGCUGCCCCCCUCUGCCGCGCCCGGCUCCCUCCCUCCCCACCCUCCGUCCCUCUACUUACCCUUGCACCCGACCGCUCUCACGCCACCAGCCGCGGGUGGGACGCGCGGGGCAUGGGGCAGCAGCACCACCAUCAGCGGCGGCGGCAGCAGCAGCAGCAACAGGCGCGAGAAGGAGAGGGAGAGAAGAGGGGAGAGGGAGAGGGGUGGGUAUGUGUCAGAAGUGCUGACUCCUGGAAGGCGGCUUAUUCGAAAGGUUGGGUUUGGAGGCUCGGCCAGAGAUGGCAUUGCCUCCCCCAUCCGAGCUCGUUUAAAUGCCACUGCUGCCGCUGCUGGUGGUGGUGUUGGCAGUGGUGGUGGUGGUACGGUUGAUGCUGAAGGGUUUGGGUUUGAUGGUGCGGGUAGGAGCAGCAGCUUUAGCAGCAGCGGCAGUGGCAGCAAGAAGGGUGACUGGCUGGCCCAAGCUGCUGCUGUGGUGUCCAUUGGGCGACUGAGUGGGAGGCUGACAGGCGGAGACAAAGGUGGAAAGGGAAAAGGAGGGGGUGGAGGGGGAGGAGGGGGAGGAGCGGGAGGAGGAGGAGGAGGAGGAGGAGGAGGUGGAGGAGGAGGGGAAGGAGGAGGAGGAAAAGGAGGAGGAAAAGAAAGUCCCGAGGAGUGUGGAGGAGAGGCGUGGAGGGCAGAGUGCGGGGAGAGGGCACUCAGAAGGGUGAUGACAGCUGGCACGGAGAUAGGGGGGGAGGUGGUCGACCGAGAGAGGGAAAAUCCAGCAUUGGUAGGGGGUGGACAAUCCAGCUCUGGGACCAGUGCAGGAGUUGCAGCAGGGUUGGCCAUGGAGCCUUCUUCUGGGUUAGUCGCAGCUGCUAUCGCUGCUGCUGCUGCAGCUGACGCUGCUGCUGCAGCUGAUGCUGCUGCUAGUAACAGCGCUGCUGCUUCUGAUGCUCCUGCUCAUGCUGGGUCAUGCACAGGGCCUGCUGGUGGAGCAGGAAGCAAUUCUGGUGAGUUGCAGUUAGGGGGGAUGGGUGGUGCCGCGUAUCGCAGCAGGAGUGGCGGGUUGAGUGAGAGGAGAGGGCUGGACGGGCGACUGGGGAAGCUGACACUGGCAGUGCAAGCGGGCCCGCAUCAGGUGCAGACUCCUGGGCGGUACUCACAUGGGAAAGGGACCAUGGGUGCUGCCGGGGGAAUGGGAGCGGCAGCGUCAUUGGCAGCAGCGCAGUUCGUUUCUCCCCAGGGCAUUGCUGCUGGAGCAGGCGAGGCUGGGUCCACGUCCCUUUGCCUUGCCAAGCCCUCGCCAGGAAGCUCCGCGUCUCCAGCUGCUGCUGGCGGCACGGGCAUGGGUCACAGCGGCCGGAUGGCGCUGCUGAGCCCGAGAAGCGGCCUGCUUGCUCUCAAGGCGUUGCUCAGUCCCAGAGACCGCUCCCGGGCCCUCGGGGAGGCGCUUCCUCACAGCCAGGGCGCAGCAGUGCCAGGGGCAGCAGGUGGAGACGGUGGUAUGAGCAGCGGGGCUGGGGCUGAGAUGAUAGCAGGGAGAGAAGCAGGAGGUGUCGGGAAUGGUGUACGGGUAGUGAGUGGUGGUGGAGUGAGGCAGGGAGUGGGUGGGAGGCUGGAGGUGGAUGGUGGAGGGAGCAGUGGCCUGCGAGAGGAGGAGAGUGCUCUGGCUGGAUCUGUGGCAGCAGCAGGUGGUGGCACAGGGGCAGUGCACGGGACAGUUGCUGCUGCAGCAGCAGCAGCAGCAGCAUCUACUGCGGCAAUAGCUGGAUCAAGGGUGUCAGGUGUAGCAGCAGCAAGAGGAGGAGGAGCAGCAGCAGCAGCACCGACAGCUGCGGCACGGUUCGGCCGUGCUGUCUCUGCAAUGACGUCUGUUGUGCCUGCUCGCUCCCCCAGCCCUCUCAAACCUGCUCGCGUCCCUGCCCCUGCCCCUGCCCUCAGUGCUUCUGCUUCUGCUUCUGCUUCUGCUGCUGCUGCUGCCGCAGUUGCCUCUUCCAGUGCUCCCGGUGGUGGUGGUGGUGCUGCUGCUGUUGCAGGAGCUGGUGCAGCAGCUGCCAUGGCUACACGGGCAGGUGCACCGAGAGCGCGGUCUUUCUUCCCCAAGUCCUCCAGCCUCACUGGCCGCGUUCCCACCCACUCCACCUCGCCAAACCCCUCACCGUCCCCCCACCACCGCGUGCUGUCACAUGCAGUAGACGUGGAGAGGGACGCAGGAAGAGGCAGGGUGGGUGCGUACACCAUGGAAAGAGGAGGACGAGCAGGGCUCAGCGGUGAUGCUGCUGCUGCUGCCGCUGGUGCCGCCAUGGAUCCCUCCUCCAGCUUUCAAAAGUGCCCCACUCUUCCCUCUAGCAUGCGUCCUGCUGCUACUGCUGCGGCGGCUGCUUCAGCAGGAAGUAGCGGUGGCAGCACUGCUGCUGCUGCUGCCACAGGGCCUGUCGUCCCUCUUGCCCUUCCACCAGCCGCGUUCCCCUCCUCCUCCUCCUCAUCAUCCUCUGCUUUCGCCACCACCCCUCUCCACAACCCAAGCCCCUAUCCAUACACCCCAGCGCGCACCCCCACGGCCUCUCAGAGAGGACUCUCCCUCUCCUCGCCCCGCUUCCUCCGCUCGUUUACUGCAGACGCUUCAGAGCUUACAGAGGCUUCCCGAAGGAUGUGGGGGCGAGAGGCGCGGGGGGGCUGGGGCGGAAGGGAGGAGGAGAGUGGUGGGGACAGCGGGUGGGGGCAGCAGGAGGAGGCGUGGGAGGAGAACGAGGGGGAGUAUGGGGAAGGUGAUGGGGACUAUGAUGCAGAGUUAGGGCAGGAGGAGGAGUGGCAGGAGCGGCAGCGGCGGCGGCAGGUGCAGUGGCAGCAGGAGCAGGAGGAGGGGCAUAUGGACGGGAUGGCCCGCGGGAAGAGUGGGCAGCGAGGGCGGGGGGAGGAGAGGUGGAAGAGGAUUGGGUCAAGUGGGAAGAUUAGCAGCAGGUGGCUGGGGUGGGGGAAGAAGUUUGGUAGGGACGACGGGGAGAGGUCACGGCGAGGAGGGAGAGAGGGGAGGGAGGGAUUGGGGAGGGGAGAUGUCGGGGGGGAGGGAGACACGGGGCAUGGUGGUGGGGCGUGGGGAUCAGGUGGUGCGGGAGGGGGUGGAGGGGGGAGGCGGAGCAGCGGCUUAGUGUUUGGUUUAGGAGCAGCAUUGGGAGGCGGAGCAAGCAGUAGGCGCGUGGUGGGUCGGUCCACGUCCAGUGGACCGGGCGGCAUGGUGGGCGCGGCAGGUGCAUCUGAGGAAGGCUUUAUCUGGGAGCGCACUGCCACUCUGCACAUGAAAUCAUCUGCAGGGGACCUGGAGGGGUCAGGGGGAAGGGUGGUGGCGCAUGAGGCGCAUGGCAGGGCGGGUAGCUGGGGCAGCGGGGGGGAGUGGCGGAGGGAGCGGGAGCUUGGGGAGAGGGGCGCUGGGUGGGUGAUGGAAGGGAGUGGGUAUCGGCUGGUUGAUGGGGUGAAUGGGCGUGGGGAUGUGUGGGACGGGACGGGUGGGGGAGAAGGGGGUGUGUCUGUUAGUGGGGGGUGGGAAGGGGGAGGAGAGGCGGGUGGAGAGAGUGGGGGGAGAGGAGGGGUGUUUGGGUGGAAAACGGGGAGUGUGCGCGGGGGGAAGGGGAGAGGAGGAGAGGGGUCGAGGACCCCGCCGAAUGGGUGGGUAGGGAGAGGAAUGGGAGGAGGAGGAGGAGGCGGGGGAGGGGGAGGGGGAGGAGGAUUGGUAGCGCCUCUGUCCAAAGCAAUAAAGGGGAAGGGGAAGGGGAAGGGGAAGGAGAAGGAGAAGGAGCUGAGUGAGAAGCAGAGGGAGAUACUGGCGAGUGAGCUGAUGUGGCUGGACUCGCAGAUGGUUCAGAUGGAACAGCAACUCAACCGCCUCAUCCUGCCCACCCAUGGGCAGCUGUUGCCGCCGCAUGAGCAAGCGCCAGGGCAUGGUCUGCUGGUGGAAGGUGGGGAGACAGCGCAUGGGGAAGGUGGGGAGACAGCGCAUGGGGAAGGUGGGGAGACAGCGCAUGGGGAAGGUGGGGAGACAGCGCAUGGGGAAGGUGGGGAGCAGGACGAGGAAGCGGGAGGCGAAGGGGAAGGGAUAGGGGAAGGAGAGGGAGGGUGCAUUGGGGAGGAGAUCAGGCCGAGACUCAGGCCUGGGCAUGGGCAUGGGCUGAGGAAACUGCCAGAGGGGGAUGGGAAGCAAGAGGGGGUUGGUGACAGGGUGCGUGGUGUGGGAACGGGAGGUGGGGUUGAAAUCAAGGGGCGAGGGGACGACGACGAGAGGAGCUUUGGGAGGGAUGGAGGUGGUAGUGAGAGGGGUGAUGACCUGGUUGGGGGGGGUGAGGGGGCUGAGGGGGUUGCACAAAGGGAGGAGGGGGAAAAGUGUGGAGAGGAAGAGGGUUAUUUGGAGAAUGAAGGUGAAAUGGAAGGGUCGUGGAGGGAAGGCGAAGAGGAGAGGGUGGAGGGCGAGGAGGGGGCUUGGAGUGUGGUGGAUUGUUGGGAUGAGGAGGAGAGGGAACGGGAGGAAGGGAGAGGGGAAGAGGAGGUGGGGGAUAAAAGGGAUGAGGGAAGGGAGGAUGGAAGGGAGGAUGAGGAAUGGUACUCUGAGCAAUGGAGUGAGGUGCCAGAUACAGGGGAUGGGAGUGAGCUUGAUGCGGUGGAAGGGGAUAGGAUGGAGCGAAACGAAGAGGAAGAGGUGGGAGGGGAGAGAGGAGAGGCGGGAGGAGGGGAGGGAGAGACGGGAGUGAAGGAGGAGGAGGAGGGAACGAGGAAGGAGAGAGUAAGUGAGGAGGAGGAGGAGGAGGUUGGGAGCACAGGAGGGGGGGCAACUGAGAUGGAGGGUGCAGAGUUGAAGGGAAGUGGCGGUGCAGAGUUGGAGCAGCGUGCGGAAGAGGAAGGGGAUGGGGUGAAAGGAAACAAACGCAUGGGUUCAUGUGGGGAGGAAGGGGAGGGUGGUGCAGUGCUGUCUGAUAGGGGAGGAAGGGGAGGGCAAGGUGGAAGGGGGAAAGAGAUGUUGCUGCCAGGGAGCAUGCGAGGAGAGGAGCAGGAGGUACGAGAAGGGAGUGGCAUGGGGUUGCAUGCAGAUGCAGGUGAUAGCAGCAAUCCGUGUGAGAGCAGUGCUGAGGAUGAGGAGGGUCGGAAGCAACAUGCAGGUGUUAUGGCAGCCUCUUCCCCCAUCGCCAGCAGCACCACCACUGGUGCCGCCAGUGCUCUUAUUGACCACAAUCAUUCUCACCUGCUCUACGCCACCUCAUCCUCCUCCUCAUUCUCCUCCUCAUCCUCCUCCUCAUUCUCCUCCUCCUCUUCCUACAUUGUGCAAGGCACUUGUCACCCUCGAGUUUGCCCGACGUCCCUGGUCGCAUCUCCUGCCGCUGCCCCCUCUUGCCACAGCUCGGCACAAUGGGUCAGCCAUGUGUUGGAUCAUGCGAGUGUGGGCUUUGCCAUAAUGGACCCUUCCUCCUCGCGUCUCCUCACCUGCAACGACUCGUUCCCCUCCCUCCUCGCUGCACCCGCCUCACUCAUUGCGCCCGGCCUCUCGCUGCUCCUCGCCCUGCCACACCACCACAGAGCGCCUUUCCAGGACUGCGCAUCCAGCACCACGCCCUCUCCACCUCCCUUCACUCUGCCGAUCACUCACAGUGGGAAGCAGUGUGGCGUAGAAAAUGCAUCCAUGCUCCCGUCAGAGGCACCUUCCUCCUCCCACGUCGUAAACUUCAUCUGCUGCCCAGCUGCCAUCCCCGCAACAAUCCACACAGCAGCACUGGCAUCAGCACCAGCAGCACCAGCAGCAGCAGCAGCAGCAGCAGCAAUGGUCGGUGCAGCAUCAGUAGCAGCAGGCACAACCGUACCCCAGCAUCCUGAUCUUCCUUCACCCCAUGUACUUGCAGUGCCUCCUGUCACUCUCCUUGCCAUGCUCCAGAAGUGA